AUGGACGCGAAGGUCCUCAUGGAGAGCUUGAGGGAGAGGGUGAGUAGUCCGGUCGAAGUCGUUCAACCAAAGAAGGACAAAGACGGAGGCGGCAGGAGCGGAGGAAGGAAGAACAAGAAAGGCGGCGGGAACGGCAGUAAGGAAGAAGGAGACGGCGGUGACAGCGACAACAAUGGGGCAAAGGAGAUGUACGGCGGAGCCGGCGAGUAUUUCGGAAGGAGCAGGAUGGAGUACAACGGAAUACCGCCCGGUUACGGCUACAAUUAUGGGUUUAUGUAA